GCUACUGCGGGAGUAUCCCGUAGGAUAAAAGUGUUCGAGUACUCUGCCGUUGUUAAUAGCAGCGCGGACGUGCAUUACCCGGCGAUGGAGAUUCCUUCGCGUGCGAAGCUCAGCUGCCUCAGCUGGAACAAAUGCAUCAAACACCACAUUGCGAGCAGCGACUACGAUGGGCAUGUCACAAUUUGGGACGUGAAUAAUGCGCAGAGUAUCAUGGAGUACGAAGAGCAUGCCAAGCGAGCGUGGAGUGUCGAUUUUGCUAGAACCGAUCCCAAUUUACUUGUUUCUGGCAGUGACGAUGGCAAGCUCAAAGUGUGGUCUACUCGACAGGAGAGCAGCGUCAUGGGAAUCGACAUGAAAGCCAACAUCUGCUGCGUCAAGUUCAAUCCCAGCUCCAGCAAUUUUGUAGCGGUUGGAUCGGCCGAUCACCGCAUACAUUACUACGAUUUGCGCUCUCCUGCUUCGCCAGUCCACACCUUUAGCGGCCACCAAAAGACCGUCUCGUACGUGAAGUUCAUCACGCCGGAGGAGCUCGUGUCCGCAUCGACUGAUAGCACCUUGCGGAUCUGGAAUGUCAGAACUAACACUCCGAUUAGAACGCUAACUGGGCAUAUAAACGAGAGGAACUUCGUUGGUUUGAGCGGUAACAGUGACUACGUAACCUGUGGAAGUGAAACCAACGAAGUGUUCGUGUAUCACAAGGCGAUUUCUAGACCAGCAACUCGACACCGAUUUGGAAGCUUAGACGACUCAUUGCAUUUCAUCAGCGCCGUGUGUUGGAAGAGCGACAGUCCAACUUUGUUAGCCGCCAAUAGCCAGGGAACCAUCAAAGUUCUAGUUAUGGCCGCCUAACGACGAAGUUUCGUUAGCUUUUUGUUAGCCAGGAGAAUCGAACGCGAGAUAUAAAGCAAACCGAGAGAUUUUAGGGUU